AUGGAGAGCUUGGUUGCUCCGGGCGAUCUUGACGACAGCCUCGAGAACUCAGAUCCUUGCUAUGCAGAGCUACUCAGACAGGCCCUUAUGGAGAAGAAAGAUGAUCACACAAUGCUUCUCAAGGACCUGUACGAGUGGGUCCGCACUCAUAGUUCGAAGGCUCAAGACCCCAGCAAUAAGGGAUGGCAGAACAGUGUUCGCCAUAACUUGUCUAUGAAUGCGGCUUUCGAAAGAGUGCCACCUCCCAACCAAGAAGCAGGCACCAAAAAGACAAGCUACUGGCGACUU